GCCGGAAGGCAAGUGCACGCUCACGGCCACUGCAGCAGACCGACGACAGCCAAGACAGGGAGACAACCCGAGCCCGUCGAUGGGUGAAUGGACAAGGAAACCGCGGUGCGUGUGUGCCAUGGGAUCUCGCGCAGCCGUGAGGAACGAAAGGUCGCCGUUUGCCACGACCCGGACGGACCUCAAGGGCAUUAUGCUCAGGGAGUGGCCUCGCCUGCAGCUCACCAGACGAGGGGGACGGCAUCGGCCCCGGAGCCGGCUUGGGAGACGCUGUGCUCCCAGACGUGUCAGAAGAAACGGUGUCUCCCACCAGAGCACGGAACAUGAAGGACUUUGAAAACCAAAUCACUGAAUUGAAGAAAGAAAACUUUAAUCUAAAGCUCCGCAUCUAUUUCCUGGAGGAAAGAAUGCAACAGGAAUUUGAUGGCCCCACCGAACACAUCUAUAAAACUAACAUCGAGCUCAAGGUGGAAGUAGAGAGUCUGAAGCGGGAGCUCCAGGAGAGAGAGCAGCUGCUCAUCAAAGCCUCCAAAGCGGUUGAGAGCCUGGCUGAAAGGGGCGGCUCUGAAGUUCAGCGGGUGAAAGAAGACGCUCAGAAGAAGGUGCAGCAGGUCGAAGAUCUCCUAACCAAAAGAAUAUUCCAUUUAGAAGAGGAUGUGAAAGCUGCCCAAGCAGAACUGGAAAAGGCCUUUGCGGGGACGGAAACAGAGAAGGCUCUUCGGCUGAGCUUGGAAAACAAGCUUUCAGAGAUGAAGAAGAGGCACGAGGGGGACGUGGACAUGGCUGUCGUCCUGGAGCAGAAAGACAGACUGAUUGAGGACUUGAAGCUGUCUUUGAAGAGCAAAGAAGCUUUAAUUCAGUGCCUUAAAGAGGAGAAGUCUCAGCUGGCACGUCCUGGUGAGAGAGUGUCAUCUGGAGAGCUCCGAGGACUCUCUGCUGCUCCGAGGGGGGAACAGGAGAGAGGAGCCGAGGUGCCAAUUAAUGCCUUUUCUCAGGCCGCGCAAAUGGAGCGCCAGGAGAGACUCCGCCUUGAAGAGAGGAUCCAGGCACUUCAGGAGGACCUGAGAGAGAAGGAAAGAGAAAUUGCUGCAGAAAAGAAAAAUAGUCUAAAGAGGGAUAAAGCCAUUCAGGGCCUAACCAUGGCAUUAAAGUCAAAGGAAAAAGAGGUGGAAGACCUUAGCCGUGAAAUGGAAGAGCUCAGUGCUGCCCUUGCGAAAGUCACAGACGCCCCCCAGGAGGCACAGACACAGAAGCUCCAGGGGUCUGAAGAUUAUGAGGCUGCUCUGUUAGAAAAGGUGGCGCUUUUGGCACAGCUGCACUCAGAAAACAUCAACAAGAGCGCAGAGAACCACAGACUGCGUAGGAACAUUAAGAAGGUCACCCAGGAGCUUAGCGACCUGCAGCAGGAGAGGGAGCGGCUGGAGAAGGACUUGGAGGAAGCCCAUCGUGACAGGGGCAGAGGAGACCACACCAUCCACGACCUUAGAAAUGAAGUUGAGAAACUACGCAAUGAAGUGAAUGAAAGAGAGAAAGCCAUGGAGAAUCGUUACAAGAGUCUUUUGAGUGAAAGUAAUAAAAAAUUGCACAGUCAAGAGCAAAUGAUCAGAAGUCUAAGAGGAAGCAUCGAUCCAGAGGACUUGUUGCUCCAGGAAUUCAGCGAAAAAGAUUCGGGAGCCGUACAGCCGACUCGCCCUUCACAGAGUGGGGAGGAGCUCAGGGCCAGGAGUGGCGACUCAGCAGCAAAGUGCUCUUUACAGCGCUCACCAGGCAGCAACCGCAUCUUCUCGGAGGAAAAGCAACAAUUAGACUAUGAAGAGCUGCUUCGGGUCUUGAAGAAGGAGCGGGACAUCUACGCUCAUCUGGUGAAGUCCCUGCAGGACCCAGACAGCAUCAACAGCCUGCAGGCCGAGUUAAACAGCAUUUUCGCUUUGCGGAAGCAACUGGAGCAGGACGUGCUGACCUGUCGGAAUUUACAAAAGACCCUGGAGGAGCAGAUCAGUGAAAUUCGGAGGCGGGAAGAAGAACCAUUUUCGUUUUACAGUGAUCAAACAUCUUACCUGAGUAUUUGCCUUGAAGAGCCCAAUCGGUUUCAAGCGGAGCAUUUUUCUCAAGAAGAACUUAAGAAAAAGGUCAGUGACCUGAUACAGCUGGUGAGGGAGCUGCACGCGGACAACCAGCACCUGAAGAAGACCAUGCUUGAUCUCUCGUGCAUGGGCGCCCAGGGCGGGGACGGACUUGGGUCGGCGGCACAGUCGCAGCUUUUGGCUAGCAAGGAGGAUGAGGACACGACCAGAAUUGGAGAGGAUGACGAGAAUAAUUUCCCGAGUGACCAGCAUUUGGAGCAGAGUGACAAGGUCGUGGAGGACUUUUCCAAAGGGGGCUGCAAAAACGGGUACUCGAGGCACACGGAUUCUAGCGUCCUAGACUACGAUGGAGCCCACACACCUGGCUGCCCCGGAGACCAGAGUCUAGAGGAAGGCGAGCUCCUGAACCUGCUGGCCCCGUUUUUCAACGAGAAGGCCACGUUGUUCCUGGAAUCCAGGCCAGACCUCCUGAAAGUGCUGCGUGAACUGCUGUUGGAACGAAUGCGCUCGCUAGAGCAGGGAGUUUCCGCAGAACACCUUGAUGGGAAGGCCGAGAAGUCACUGACGCCGGUGGCCGUUCAGCUAGGAGGUGAGCUAGGACACCUGGCCCACGUCGACUCGUCGUCCAAGUCCCGUGAUGACCCGAGGUCGCCUUGGACAGCCCGGCUGCUCAGGGCGGGUGAAGCGGCCACGCGGGAGCUGAAAGAUGCCUCCGUGCAGACCGUGGCCGCGGAGGGCGACACGCUCGGGUUCACAAACCAGGGCAAGAGAGGAGUUUGGGAAGAGGAGCCACCAGACGCCACGUGCCACGCUGAGGGUCAGCCGCGGAGCUUGUGCCUGGUGCCAGGGAGGCCGGCCGCUGCCCUCUCCUUCCCCGGUGGGGCCGACAAAGAUGCUACGAAGUCCCGCCUGCCCAUCCUGAUAAAACCGUCCCGGUCAUUAGGAAAUGUGUAUCGGCUCCCUGCCCCCCAGGAGGUGGUGGCCCAACUGCAGGGUCAGAUCUUGGAGCUGCAGGGGGAGCUGAAGGAGUUUAAAAUCUGCAAUAAGCGACUGCAUCAAAAGUUGUUUCUGGCUGAAGCAAUGAUGGAGGAGAGGCCAGCAGCAGACAAAACGCUACAGGAAGCCCAGCCCCUUGUGGGAGCAGCCUACCAGGACGGCCCGGGAGAGCAGAACGGAGCCAAAGCCAUGCCCUGUGUCUGGAGAGCCACGGAGGGGGACAGUGAUCACGCCACCCACGAGACCGACGCUGAGAUCCACCCGCCCGACGGCCUUGCCGUCUUGCCCACAUGCCAAGGGAAUUCUGAAGAUUUUCCAGGCCCAGCCGUGGUAGCUGCCUGCUGGAGUUCUAAGAGUCCGCUUUCCGCCGCAGUCAGCGCGUUUGGGGCCCCUCCGUCUGAGAACAUCGACGCCUCCAGUGAUACAGAAAGCUUAAAACAGAAAAUCCGUGACUUGGAAACUGAGCUCCAGGGCUACCGGAAUUUCUUAUUUCAGCUGCAGAAGCACUCGCAGUGCAGUGAGGCCAUUAUCACGGUUUUGUGUGGGACAGAAGGGGGCCGGGAUGUGCUGAGCAAGCCCAAGGGUAGCGCCGACGAGGAAGAAAUGACGUUUUCAAGUUUGCACCGAGUGCGUUACGUGAAGCACAUGAAGAUCCUCCGGCAGCUGGGCCCAGAGGUGACCGACGGCGGGCUGCUGGAGGGCCUCAGGCAGCAGCCCCUGCAACAGGAGCGCGAGCUGCAGAAGGAGCAGAAUUUGAACUUGGGGCUUUUCAGUGAAAUCCACGACCUGCAGAAUAAGUUCCGAGAUCUGUCACCCUCCAGAUACGAUUCAUUAGUUCAGUCCCAAGCCAGGGAGCUCUCCCUUCAAAGACAGCAGAUUAAGGAGAGCCACGGCAUCUGUGUCAUCUACCGGCAACAUAUGAACGCCACGAGGAAGGCGUUCGAGCGGUUGCUGCGGGCCGGCGACGUGGAUCACGACGUGGCCGAGGGUUUCCAGGAGCAGCUGAAUCAAUGUGCCGGGCUGCUCGAGAAAUUGGAAAAGCUGUUUCUCAGCGGAAAAUCAGUUCAAGUGGACGUGAGCCCCCAGACCGAGGUGAUGGAGAGGACGGAGGAGGACCGUUCAACCUACCAGCACAUCCUCCCCGAGUCUCCCGAGCCCUCGGCCUCUCACGCGUUGUCCGACUGUGAAGUGUCCGAGAAGUCCUCCGUCCUCUCCCGAGACCAGAAGCAAGACAGCGAGACCGAGAAGGCCUCGGUCCUGGAGAACCAUUUCUCCCAAGACUUAGUCAUGGAACAUAUACAAGAAAUUCGAAGUUUGAGGAGACGUUUAGAAGAAUCUAUUAGAACCAACGAGGAGCUCCGGGGCCAGCUGGAACGGCAGGGCCGCGAACCCGACCCAGGUGCUACAAACGCUUUGGCUUACGGGUCAGAGCUGCACGAUUCCCUGACAUCGGAGAUCUGUUUCCUGAGGAAGCAGAACCAGGCUCUCAACACGAUGCUGGCCAAGGGAUCCAGAGAUAAACAGAAGGAGAACGAAAAGUUACGAGAGUCCCUCUCCAGGAAGGCUGCGAGCCUCGAGCUCCUUCAGCGAGAGUACGCGUGCGUGAGGGGGCACAACGAGAGGCUGCAGAGCGAGGUCCGCGAGCGGGAGAGGCACACGCAGCAGCUGCUCCGGGAGGUCUGCAGCAGCCGCAGCGAGCUGAGCAGGGCGCGGGAGGAGGCCCAGCUGAGGCAGCAGCUGCUGUCCCAGAACGAGGAGCUCCUGCAGUCCCUCCGCGUGGAGCUGAAGGUGUACGAGAGGCUGGACGAGGAGCACCGCGGGCCCAGAGAGGUCGGAGCAGAGGCGUGUGGAGAAGGCUGCAGGGGGCAGGACCCUUCCAGCGACCUGCGUGGCCUCCUAACAGAGAUCCAGGCUCUGCGGGGGCAGCUGGAAAAGAGCAACGAGACCAGUAGUGCGCUGCGGAGCAGGCUGGAGGAGCAGCUGGCGCUGGAGGGGAAGAGGGCUCAGGAAGCAGCCCUCACCGCGGCUCUGCAAACCCUGACCGUCCCCGAGUGGCCCCUGCACCCGGACAAGCACGGUGGUGACGGAUGCCCCGUGGCGAUAGAUAAUUCCUGCCAUCUGCUUGACUCCACCCUGGCCGUGCCACCACCGUCGGCUUCUGAGACUCCUCCGCUGUCUGGAAAUGACUCGGACUCCCUCUCCUGCCACAGUGGCGUUUCGGCCACCAGCACCUCGUGCACGUCCCACCCGGUCCCUGGCCACCGCCUGUGGGCCAGCAAGAGCGGGUGCCACGUCCUGGGCCUGACCGCGGACUACGAGGCCCUGUGCCAGCAGAUUGGCCGCGGCCAGAAGCUCUUGGCCGAGAUGGCCCUUCAGAUCCAAGAGGCUCCCCGCGCUGCAAGUCCAGAGCUGGGGACAGAGGGUCCACAGGGUCCACACUCGGUGCCCCUGCACACGUUUGUCACCAGCGUGGGCACAGCCAAGCUGAUCCUCGAAGAGGCCGCGAGGUUACUGACGCUUUUCUGGAGGGUCUCGCUCCCCAUGAACAGCCAGUGCACGCUUCAUUGUGGACAGACUGGAGAAAUGAAGGCAGAGAUCACCAAACUACACAAAAAGCUGUUUGAACAAGAAAAGAAGUUGCAAAACUCUGUGAAGCUUUUGCAGCUGAGCAAGCACCAGGAAAAAGUCAUCUUUGAUCAGCUGGUCGUAACCCACAAAGUCCUUCGGAAGGCCAGAGGGAACCUGGAGCUGAGGCCGGGGGGCGCCCACCCUGGAACGUCCAGCCCCAGCCGACCGGGCUCCUGAGACCUCCCGCCAAUAAAGCUUGUGGUUCCCGCCGA